AAGGGAUGCCAUUAAUUACGAGAGUUAAAGCGCCUUGGGGUGUUAAAUUGGUGUCAUUUAAACAAAUUAGGUAGAUGGUUUUGAACGAGCAAUUUUGUUGGGGCCAUUAACCGAGUAUAGUAGUCCGCUACACUCGUUGAAUAACUGUGAACCGAUUGUUAUUUUAACGCUUUAAUUAGAUGAAUUUUCAAGCUAAAUGUAAAAUAUUUGUUCAUUCCACAAUUUGCAACCCAUUGACGAGUUGAAAAGAAAAGACAGAAAAACCAAUUUAAAAAAAAAACGAAACAAGCUGAGAUCGGGAAAUGAAUACGACGACAGUUGAGGAAGAAGAUCUGGCAGCGCUGGCGGAGGAGCUGCACGGAGGAUACUACACAGGCAUCAUAGUGGUACGUGCAGUCACCUUUGCCAUUGCCAUCAUAGGCAUCACUGGAAAUGUGCUGGCUUACAUGACUGCCUCCAGAUUGGACUCGAAGACAUCCGGAACUACAUACAUCAAGUGUCUGGCUGUUGCAGACACCGCCGCUGUGUUCCAGGACGGAAUUCUGGAGAUGGGUCUGCCUAUAUUUGGUCUGGACGUGAGGACUGUGAACAGAUAUGUGUGCAAGGGCAUAGCGUGGUACUCCUGGACCACCACCAUCGGAGGCAACUACGUGUUGACCAUGUUCACGCUCGACAGACUGACUGCUCUGUGGCUGCCUGUGAUGUACAGGGAGAAGAGCAAGCCCAUAAUUGCAAUCACUCUCUCCCUCCUGGCUGAGGCAUUCGCCGCCGGAGUCUGCUGGCCCACCCUAUUCCUAUUCGAUAUCAAUGGACAGGUUUGUGAGAUCUUCAACUUCGACUACUUCUCGGAGGAGCAGAUGGUGUUGUUCGCCAACCUGGCCAUGUUUCUCUUCAUGUUGUCCAUCCCAUUCGCCACCAUCCUCAUCUCAAACUCACUCAUCAUAUACAAACUCAGACAGAAUAAGAAGGACGGAGGUGGUGGGUCCUCUUUGCAGCAGAAGAAGGAGAGGGAGAUAACGAUGCAGCUGCUGACUGUCUCAAUUGCAUUCAUGAUCACGAAUGCGGGAGUGAGUAUCGCAGUGUUCGCCACCACAGUCAUGAAUGUGGACACGCCGGAGAAGUUCGCUAUCAGAGACUUCGUCAACUUCUUCAAGGAGUUGCCAGCUGUGUCGAACAACUCGAUGAACUUCUUUCUCUAUGUGUUGUCCAGUCAACAUUUCCGCACCCAGUUCCUGACCAUGAUUGGUCGGAAGCGACAGACACAGAAGCCAGCAGCUGCAGUCACUGCAAAGUAACCGCUGCUCCAGUCGGAGAGAAUCCACAUCCAGAAUAUCUGAUGGAAACUAUCUAGCACAAAAUAAGCACAGUCUUGCAUGUCUUGCAAAUGAUGAGUUAGCAUGCUGAUUUUUCUAAUAGUAAGCGGUUCUCUUCUGUUU